ACCUGCGCUCCUCCAAACCACAGCCCCCUUCCACGGAUUUCUACGAGUAUCGCUCUCCGACCCAUUUGGAAGGAGCCGUUAAUUGCCUUAAUAUCGGGGUAUGUAUCCAAGCGGAGGGAUAUCUGCCACCAUACAGGCCAACAGGUUACGAGCCGAAGGCAUGGGCUCCAAGGAGCAGGCUGUACACUUCUCCAACCAGGACUACGAGGCACUGAAGCAGGAAUGUUUGGAGUCCGGCUGCCUGUUCGAAGACUCUUAUUUUCCCUGUGAGCCUCCAUCCCUGGGCUUCAAGGAGCUCGCCCCCCAUUCCUCCAAAACUAGGGAUGUGGAGUGGAUGAGGCCCACAGAACUGAAAGACAAUCCUCAGUUCAUUGUGGGUGGUGCCACCAGAACUGACAUCUGUCAGGGAGCGCUGGGCGACUGCUGGCUCUUAGCCGCCAUCGGCUCUCUCACCCUGAAUGAGAGGCUUCUUCACCGCGUUGUCCCUCAUGGCCAGUCCUUCCAAGAUGAUUAUGCUGGAAUCUUCCACUUUCAGUUCUGGCAGUUCGGCGAAUGGGUAGAUGUUGUGAUAGAUGACAGACUGCCUGUCAAAGACGGCGAGCUCAUGUUUGUCCAUUCUGCUGAGGGCAAUGAAUUUUGGAGUGCCCUACUGGAGAAGGCUUACGCCAAGCUGAGUGGCUCCUACGAGGCUCUGUCUGGAGGAAGCACCACUGAAGGGUUCGAGGACUUCACAGGUGGUGUGUCUGAGAUGUACGAGCUCCGCAGUGCUCCCAAAGAUCUGCACAGGAUAAUAGGCAAAGCCCUGGAGCGAGGCUCUCUGCUGGGCUGCUCCAUCGAUGUAAGUGCUGCACACGCUGGCACACCACCAGGACCACGCGGAUCAAUGUUGCACCAUCUUGAGCAAGCCAACAACAUUGAAAGCCUUUCUAUUCAUUUCCGUUUCAGUCAAUGCAGUGAUCAUGUUUUCAUAUUCUUGCAGAUCACCAGUGCCUUCGACAUGGAGGCUGUUACAUUCAAGAAGCUUGUGAAGGGCCACGCCUACUCAGUCACUGGACUGAAGGAGGUUGAUUUCCGCGGCAACAUGGAACGCCUGAUCCGAAUCCGUAACCCUUGGGGUCAGGUGGAGUGGACAGGUGCCUGGAGUGACAAUUCUCCUGAAUGGGAUGAGAUUGACUCGUCUGAACAAGAGGACCUGCACCUGAAGAUGGAAGACGGGGAGUUUUGGAUGUCCUUUGAUGAAUUCAAGAGGCAGUUUUCUCGGCUAGAGAUCUGUAACUUGACUCCUGACGCUCUGAGUGAGGAAGGUCUCGGCCACUGGAACACCAACAAGUUCUACGGCGCGUGGAGGCGAGGCAGCACCGCCGGAGGCUGCAGAAACCAUCCCAACACGUUUUGGAUCAACCCUCAGUACAAGAUCACGUUGCUGGAGGAGGAUGAUGACCCAGAGGAUGAUGAGGUGGCGUGCAGUUUUCUAGUAGCUCUCAUGCAGAAGGACCGCCGCAGAUAUCGGCGCCAUGGUCAGGACAUGCACACUAUUGGCUUUGCUCUUUAUGAGAUUCCAGAAGAGUACAAAGGCUGCCAGAAUGUCCAUUUGAAGAAAGAUUUCUUCUUGAAACAUUCAUCGUGCGCUCGCUCUGAGACCUUCAUAAACCUGCGAGAGGUGAGCACGCGGCUUCGUCUGCCCCCUGGAGAGUACCUCAUCGUCCCCUCCACCUUUGCGCCCAGUCAGGAGGCUGACUUUGUCCUUAGAGUCUUCACUGAGAAGCAAUCAGAAACAGAAGAACUGGAUGAGGAAAUCUCUGCCGAUUUAGAAGAUGAUGAUGAAAUAACUGAAGACGACAUUGAUGACUCUUUUAAGUCCAUGUUCGCCCAGCUAGCAGGAGAGGACAUGGAGAUUUCUAUUCACGAGCUUCGGACCAUUCUAAACAGAGUCGUCUCCAGGCACAAAGAUCUGAAGACCAAUGGCUUCAGUAUGGAGUCAUGCAGGACCAUGAUCAACCUGAUGGACAAAGAUGGUAGUGCCCGUUUAGGGAUGGUGGAGUUCCAGAUCCUCUGGAACAAAAUCCGAAAGUGGCUGGUCAUUUUUAGAGAUUUUGACCUCGACAAGUCAGGGGCCAUGAGCUCAUAUGAGAUGCGUCUUGCUGUGGAGGCAGCAGGUUUUAAACUGAAUAACAGACUGAACCAGAUUCUGGUGGCCCGGUAUGCAGAGAACGAGAUGGUUGACUUUGACAACUUCAUCUGCUGCCUGGUCAAGCUUGAAGCCAUGUUUAGGUCUUUCCAGCAGUUUGACAAGGAGGGAUCAGGAGAGGCUGAAAUGAAUGUCACAGAGUGGCUUUACCUGACAAUGUGUGGUUGAAGAGGGCCUUCUUCACUGGAGUGAGAUAUAGGGUAAAGGCACAGUGCCUGUGGAUUGCGAUGAACCGAUGAUCCAUCAACCUUAGCGACCUUUAACACAUCCCACCUCAGCCUAUGUAAGAUACAAAAAUAGCUGUAAACAACGUCCAAUCAAGCCAAGUGUUUCCUGGACAAAUUUGAUAAACUAUGCAAACCUGCAGUAUGAAGCAGUCAGUGUGCCACAUAUAUCUGUCAUCUCUGUAAAAACAGCAUGUCUCUGGCUGUGCAUGACAAACAUCACUCGCUGUAAUGUGCCUUGUUGCAAGUGGAUACAGCAUUUCUACAUUUCAGUCUUGCUUUGCUGUCUGUAAACAUUUCCAACUGAUUUACUAACAAUCAUUAUUUCAAACUCUCAAUAAAAGCUCUGUUGCCAAGAAACACAUAGAAGUAGAAAUCUGAUGUAAUGAUGCUUUAAAACGUGAAGUCUUAUAGUUUCUCCGCACUCAUGUUUCCAAAUGAUCAUGUCACUGUUAAGUUGAUAGUUCUAUUAUUUGACCUGUAGAUGGCAGUACAGAUCUAAUGUAAAGUUCACCUUUUAAUAUAUGACAC